AUGGCCGACUGGCGAUCCGAAUAUCUGGCCUCCAUCCGGGAGCAAGAGAAGAAUAACCCCGUAAAUCUCGAGAUUGUACAGCUCUGCUCCCAGCUCUCCGACCACGUCGCAGCCCUAGAAGCCGAAAAUCAAGUCCUCAAAUCCAAGACAGCGCCAGAAAAGAAGAGUAAAAACACCUCCUCUGAGAAGUCAAGCAGCAUACCCCCCUCUUCCUCCACAACCGAGACGACGAGCUCCGACCCGAGCAUCGCCCAGCUCCAGCUCCAACUCGCCGAGGCCCUCCGGUCAAACGGCACCCUCAAAGACCGGGCCAAGUUAGCCGAGGAUGAGGCCCAGACGCUACGGACCAAGAACAAGGAAGACGCGAGAAAAGUCCGCAGCCUGACGGCAGAAAAUACCGCCCUGACGACGAAAUUACGAGAUCGGGAACACGAGCUGCGCGAGAAGCGCAAGCUGGUCGAGAACGUACAAGACGAGAUGAUCACGAUGAACCUUCAAAUGUCCAUGGCAGAGCAAGAGCGGGACAAGGUCAAGAAGGAGAACAAGGAGCUCGUCGACCGCUGGAUGAAGAGGAUGGCCCAGGAAGCCGACGCCAUGAAUCUCGCAAACGAGCGCUGA